UCUAUACCCAAAUUUUUUCCCAUUUGCCGGGGGCUGUCGUCUGGUUUGACAAUCGCAAUGAACUGGACGGAUUUAAAUAAUCCUGCAUAGAAAUAUUGAACUGCGCCUUUCGUUCCCGUUUCUCUCCCGAUUCCAGCCAUAAAUUUCGAGAACUCUGCGAAGAUUUCCUGCAAAACACUCGAUUUACGGAGCAUGGACCUGGAAUGGGGAAAUAAUGAUGAAUCGGAAGCGCUAUGCAUCGAAGAUGAAGACUGCAAUACCUUGCGUGCUAUGCAGAUGGACUCACUUUUUGAACAAGAGAGAUGUGGGAUAUGUAUGGACAUUGUCAUUGACAGAGGGGUGCUUGAUUGUUGUGACCAUUGGUUUUGUUUUGCAUGCAUUGAUAACUGGGCUAUCAUCACAAAUCUCUGCCCCAUUUGCAAAAAUGAAUUUCAACUUAUCACAUGUCUUCCGGUGUAUGACACCAUCAGAAGUCUCGGAUUAGAGGAGCAUCCUAUUUCCAGGAAUGAGGAUUGGUCUUUUGAAGGGAAGAACAACACACUUUCAUUUCCAUCAUACUACAUCAGCGAAGAUGCCGUGAAAUGUCUAGAAAAUGAUGGUUGCAAGUUACGAUGUGCGAUGCUAGCAACUGAAGAUGAUUUAAGUUUUGAUACGUCAAUUGCCUGUGAUUCAUGUGAUAUAUGGUAUCAUGCUUUCUGUGUUGGAUUUAAUCCUGAAUCUGCAUCUGGAAAUUCAUGGUUGUGCCCAAGGUGCAUAAACAUUGAAGUGCCGCAGAAGUCAGGUGCAGUUUCAGUGCAAAGCUCUUUGACAUAUUCUGCUCCACAAACUGCUGAUAUUGGAUGGACGGUAGAUUCUUGUCUCUCUGGGAAGGUAUCGGUAUCUGUUGCUGAUGAUGGUGAGACGGCCGUUGUCAUAUCAAUGAUUGAAGGGAAGCAGAAUUCAGAUUGUGGAACGUCCUUCUUUGAUAGGCUUGAUUCCAAAGUGGAUAUGGUGAUAGAAAAAUCUUCAUUUUAUUCAGAUAUUGAAAAUUCUGAAACAGAUUUGCAACUCAGAGAUGGAAGCUGCAUUCAGGCUUCACAAAAUAGCUUGCUUCUCAGUGACUAUAAAAUGCACCAUAGCAACUUAUCUGAUGUUGAUUGCAGCUCGGAAUGUUUUUUUGAUAUAUCCCCCGAGAUUAUUGAUUUUCAAUCUUAUGGUGACUUGAAAGAAGCUGCAAUUUCAUCUUUUUCAGAUGAUGAUAUUGUAAACGAACCUAGGAAUGAUAUAACUGAGUCACAAUCACCAUCAACAUUGCAGGAUAAGCCAUUUUCCUUGUGCUCUUCUGAAGCAAAUGAUAAAGAGAUGACCAUCAAUGCUCCAGAAACAGUAUCUGUUUCAGUGGAUUCUAAUGUUUUUAUAGAUUCAGAUUUUAUGGCUUGUGGCACAUCAAAAGCUAAGGAUGCACCAGGCAAUAAGUCUGAUAACAUUAUUGGCACUCGCUCAGCUGAUCCCUCUACUUCAUCAGCUGACAACAUGGUGACAAGCUGUACCGAGAAUAUGGUGGCUGAUAUUUUUCAAACGAACAGGGAAGGUUGCAAUUUGACUGAAAAGCCCAAGAUGGAGACAUGUACAAUACACAUGGAUGAGAGCAAUGAUUGCAUUAGGAAAAGGGAACCAGGAGCUGUAUAUCCUAUGAAGAAAUUAAAAUUAGAUAGAAGUUCUAAAACUCUACCUACAGGAAAUCAAUCUCUUUUGUCUUCUCAAGUGUGCUCAAUAAAAAAUAGAGGUUCUAUCUUAAGAUCUGUUAAACAAGAGGAAGCUGAGGCCUCAGAUAUCAUGAGCAUUGUUCAAGCAAGUGAUUGCGCUUCCCAUGAUAUGCCAACAGAAAUGAAGGCUAAUAAUAAAUCCAUGAGCAAAAAGGAUAGCACUUGUGGAUUGAGAGUGAAAAAGAUCAUGAGAAGAGUUGGAGAGAAAAGAGAAUCAUCCAUCGUAGUACAAGAACUAGGGAAAAGGAAAGAGAUAAGGGAAGUGGUUCAAUAUAAAACCUUGAAAGGCGCUGGAAUGAGUGACUUUGAUGAAAAGCUUCUGGCAGCAUUCAGAGCUGCAACAGUGAGACCACAGACCGAUAUGACAAAUGGAUCUAAACUUGUCCAUAUAGGGGAAAAGAAGCCUCUUCUUGGGAAAGGAAAGAAACGUGAAAAUCUUACCAAAAAGAUUUAUGGAACUGCUGGUGGAAGGAGAAGACAUGCAUGGGCGAGGGAUUUGGAGAUAGAGUUCUGGAAGCAUCGAUGUAGAAGAACACAACCUGAUAAGGUUGAGACAUUGCAAUCAGUUCUUGAACUCUUGAAAAAGGCUACAAAUCCUCAGUGGAAUAGCUCAAUUGAACGGGAUUCUCAAGAGGAAAGUAAAGACUCUAUCUUGUCUAGGGUAUAUAUAGCUGAUGCAUCGGUUUUCCCUAGAAAAGAUGAUAUUAAGCCUCUGUCAGAAUUGUCAGGAAGUUAUCAGAUUGAUGAGAAUAUUAUUGAGAAGGAAAAAAGCUCCAGCAAUGUUGCUAAGGGAAUUUUGAAUGAUGAUAAAAACUCAAAGAAAAAUUCAAUUCAAAUUUCCAAAAAUUCAUUGCUACCAAAAUCAAGUUCAUUUAAAGCUGCAGCAGACUCGAUUCAAAUUUCUGGCUCUAACGGCUCCAAAGAAAGUAAAGAAACUUCGGAGGAGCAUUUUAGUCCAUCUGAUGCUAAAACUGAUAAAAGGAAAUGGGCCCUUGAGGUUCUUGCUAGAAAAACUUCAACAACAAAUGCUAAUAAAGGACAAGAAGAUGGUGAUUUGUUCAAGGGAAAAUAUCCUUUCUUAGCACAACUACCUCAAGAUAUGAGACCGGUGCUAGCAUCUACCCGCCAUAAUAAAGUUUCUGCAUCUGUUAGGCAGGCACAACUCUACCGCAUCGCUGAGCACUACUUGAGGAGAACAAAUCUAUCCAUCAUUCGAAGAACUGCUGAGACAGAGUUGGCUGUUGCUGAUGCAGUUAAUGUUGAGAAGGAAAUCUGUGAAAGGUCAAACAGCAAGUUAGUUUAUGUAAACCUUUGUUCACAGGCUGUAUCUCAACUUGCUAAGAAGCCAGAAUUAGACGAUAGAAACUUCUCCAGUUCCCCAAAGACCGUUAUAAAGUUUGCUAAUGAGGUCACCGAAGGCACAGAGUUCGACCCUGAAACUGAUAAUGAGACAGAAUUUGUUGAGAUGAAUAUCUCCAGUUCAGCAUUGUCUGCUUCAGAGGUUUCUAUUGGGGGUUUUGGGGAGCCAAAUUUUGACCCUGAAGCUGGUGGAUGGAGCAGUGUGGAAGAAGCAUUGAAAUUGGCUGGCCUGUUUUCCGAUUCUCCUCCCAGCAGUCCCUACUCUGCUGCAAAAGAUUUCAAUGGAAAUGACUCUACUCAGGAAAAUCUCAAUGAAGGGCUUAAUUAUGAUGCUCGGGAUAUUGUUCUACAUUCCAUGGAAACAGAGCAAGAUGCUUCCGUGACUCAAAAUCCUGGAAAAGCCGUAGCGGCAGACAAGCCACCAUUAGAUUCUUCAAAGUCAUUGGAACACGAGAAAGGAAACGGGCCAGAAAACUCACAAGCAGAGCUCAGCAUGGAAAAUGUCCUUCCACCACCCAGUAUACCUGAGAGGGGAAUAUUUAAUGAGCCUACUUUAGAAGACUGUGAGGAGAACAAAAAGGAAAGUUCUACGAGCCAGAUAAAUGCCAAGGCUGUAGAAGUGCUGAAUAGACCCCUGGUAACAAACGAGGACAAAAACCCAAUUUCUGGUUUAAAGGAGAACUGUAUAUUGAGCGAUCCAGUUAGAGUUUCCCAGACAGAUGCUGAGAGCUGCAUUAGUGAUGUGGUUGCUGGCUCAACCCAUCUUGAUAGAACAUCAGCAGGGAUAGAGGACUUGGAUGCUCAUACAAAAGAAAAUGUGCAAAUUAGUCCCGUAAUUUGUGAUAAUAUUCCUAAUGAGGAAAUGGCCAAAUUGAUCAAUGACGAGUCUGAUUUCUCAAUAUCCAUUUCUAAAAAGGUGGAGGCCUAUAUUAAAGAACACAUCAGGCCACUAUGCAAGAGCGGUGUAAUCACGGUCGAGCAGUACCAAUGGGCAGUCAGGAAAACUUUAGAUAAGGUGAUGAAAUUUCAUCACAAGGCUAAGAACGCAAACUUCCUUAUUCGAGAAGGCGGGAAGGUGAAGAAACUUGCGGAACAAUAUGCCGAGGCUGCGCAGCAGAAAGAUUUGAGAUAGUUAAAUAUCUUCUUGACUCGCACUUUCACCUUGUGGGCUUAGAAUUGCGGUUAUCCUGCAUCUCCACACUGGCUGGUUGAAAUCUGCUUCUACCGGGUCUCGCGAAGGGGUGGUGUAGCGGGGUGCUUGCUCGUGCUAUUUGGGAAAACAGAGAUGGUGAAUUUUGACAUAAGCUAUUCUUCGCGGCACUGUAUAUAAUGCUGAGAGAGAUUCGAUGAGUCAAAAUACAUUUUUCGUGAAAGCAGCUCCCAAGUGCAAUCUGAGUUGAGUCUUUAGGUGCCAUGAUGUACAGAAACCAUCUCACAUACAUGUCAACUAAGUUGCAGGUGUUAAUGGCUGGAUGGUUUUCAAAACUAAGAGAUGACUUUUGCUGGAUAAUUUUGUAUAGUUAUAGGACUAAAUUAGAAAAGAUGUAUGGUCAUGGGACUUUUUUUUUUUUAAAACUGCUUUUCAGGUAAUUUUUUGGU